CGAAACCCAGAAUCGUGUUAUACUAGAACAAGAACAAAUGCAAUUGAAGGGCAACAUCAGGUAUAGGGUUCAAAGGGCCAUGGAGUUUUACGAAAAUGGCAUAGAACAAAGGAGAAUAAAGCUACGAGAUCUUCUGGAAGCCGAAGAAAAGGAUUACAUGAACCAACUGUCACUUUUGGGAGAAACACCUUUGGAGCGACAGGCAAAAAUGAGACAGCACGUAAAAGACUUGAAGAUAAAACGGGAGCAAGAACGACAAAAGUUGGUUGCAGAAAAACUUGAUCAACAAUUCAGGGAACAGUGUGAAGAGCUGCAGACAAAGCUGUCUCAUCAGCGAGUGCUAGAGUUGGUCAAGGAUAGAAAGGCGCAAAUAGAGUUCAACAAGAAACUGCAGGAUCAGCAAAAGGAAGAGGAACAGAUCUUUGAGGAGUUGUGGGAGAAGGACCGACUUGCCAAAGAGGAGAGGGCAGAGAAAGAAAUGAAAGAGCAACAUGAGAAACAGCAAGAAGUCCUGGCUACAGUAUUGGAACAAAUGGCAGAAGCUAAUGCUAAACGCAUGGAUCAGAAGCAGCUGAUUAAAGAAGAGGCAAAGUUGAUGAAAGAAAGACAACGUCUUUCAAAGUUAGAAGAUGAGCGACUGGCACAGGAGAAGGCUCAAAAGCAGAAAGAAUUCUGUGAUAGUUUGAACAGAUCGAUGGCACUGAAGAAAAAACGUUUAGCAAAGGAGAAGGAAGAGGAGCAUGCGCUUGAUACAAAGAUAAAAGAACAGGCCCUGAAGGAAAGUGCUGAUGAUGCCCAGGAGCAAUUGCAGAAAAAGCUGGAUCUCCAGAGAGAAGUGCAAAUUUAUCGAAAAUAUUUGGCUCAGAAAGCAGAUGAUGAAAAACGUCAAGAAGAGGAAACAAACCGGCUAAUUGAGAAGGAUGUAGAGAAAACUUGGGCCAAACGCAAUGAGCAGGUGCGUCUGAAGAAAGAGGCUCUAGAUCGCCUCAAGAAGGAAGUAAUGGAAACACGCAAGCUUCAGAUUCAGGAGCAUUUGGAGAAAAAUACAAAGAGCCCACAACAGAUGGCAGAGGAAAGAGCCAAAAUUAUUCAAACCAUUGAAGAGCAGAAGAAGGUGGAAGAUGAAAAACUGGCCAGAGAUAAGCAAGCAAAGAAGAAGCAUCAGCAGGACAUACUGGCACAAAUAAAGUACCAAAAGCAUCAGGCUGAGAAAAAGAAGGCAGAAGAACAGCGUGAGGUGGAAGCAGGAAAGCUGGAAGAAGAAGCUUACCAGAAAAAGCUUCAGGAUGCUCUUUCUCAACCUUAUACCAGCAGUGAUAAGAUUCAUCCUUGGAGGAGGGAAAAUUGUCUAAACCCUAAGCUCAAUGAAACAUGUUAGAAUUAUUGUUGCUA